AUGGACUUUCUUAAGUUCUGGUUGAAAGGCAAGGAUGUCCACACAGUCAAGACUGGCUUCGUUGAUUAUCACAGUAUGUGGAAGAUGCAAUGCGUCCUACACAGCCCGAACGACUUGAAGAAGGGCAGAAGCCUCACGCCAGCCAAUUUGAUCUUGCUUCACCUACCUCAGGCAGUCGACAACUCGGGAGGAUCAAAGAAACACUCAAUCAUGCUUGCCGCACCCAUAAUACCCGAGGAUCCUGAGGAUAGGAGGCAGGGCCUAGACUCCGCGAAACCGUUCGUCUUCGUCAUGUUAGUGUCCCAACUGUUGAAGAACAUCAGCUCCCGACCCCCGGAAAGCUUGGAGUCCUUGUCAACAAAAUCAGGAUGCGCCUUCAUCGCCGUAUAUACUCUGGACCCAUGUAAACCAAGAAGCUUCAACAAAGCUUCGUUGUCUAAAACGAGCUUUGAUGCCGAAUGUUUUUUCCGAACAGGAGCCAUAGCCACUCCUCCCGGCAAUUCAACGACUCCUAACGGCGCCCCAGGCUACCCUAUCUCGGCCUCAAUACACUUACCAAAGAGAAAUGAAAGUGAAGGGGUACAGAGCGCGUGGCUCUCAAAAAGCAACCUUCGAGACUCUUUAGCCCAUCUCUUCAAGCAGCCGGAUGCUGAUCUUUCAAUAACAUGA